CAACAGGUUUUAAAGCCCGCUCAGAUCAGGUCAAUAUGUCACGCUAUCUUGGAAUCUGGCAAACAGUACUCAAGUAAAAAAAGGAAGCCCUUCCCUUUGAUGUACUCAUACUAUGGAACUGAAUACUUGGGAGCAGCACAUGGUCUUUCCUCCAUACUGCAAAUGCUAUUGUCCUAUCAGGACUACCUCCAGCCAGCUGACCGAGACCUUGUUUGGGAAAGUGUGGAUUUUCUUGUGAAUCAGGAACAAAACUGCAACUGGCCACCAGAAUUGGGGGAAGUCAUAGAACGUGAAAAUGAGCUUGUUCACUGGUGUCAUGGAGCCCCUGGUAUUGCUUAUCUUUUUGCAAAAGCAUAUUUACUCUCAAAAAAGCCAUGCUACCUGGAUACGUGCAUUCGUUGUGGAGAGCUGACCUGGCAGAAAGGUCUUCUCAAGAAAGGACCUGGUAUUUGUCAUGGAGUUGCAGGCAGCGCCUAUGUGUUUCUGUUGCUUUAUAGACUUACUGGCAACUCCAAGUAUAUAUACAGAGCGCAGAGGUUUGCAGAGUUUCUGUCCUCGGAUGAGUUCAGAGCUGGAUCAUGCACUGUGGAAAGCAUCUGCAGUCUAUAUGAAGGCUUGUCAGGAACAGUCUGUUUUAUGGUUGAUAUACUACAGCCUAACCAGGCUGAAUUCCCACUCUUUAAUGUCUUUGUGUAG